AUGACUUCUGAAGAGGAGUGCACGCGCAAAGAGUACUCGGAAGCGAUCACGAACAUCUCGCAUCUUUGCGCGUUGAGCAUCACCGAUGAAGCUCAGAAGACGCGAAAAACGGGCGUCAUUUGUACGAUUGGACCCGCGUGCAAUACAGUCGACCAAUUGCGAACAAUGAUGAAUCGCGGAAUGAACGUGGCGCGACUCAAUUUCUCGCACGGCGAUCAUCAGGGCCACGCGCGGACCAUCAAAAACAUUCGCGAAGCGGCCGAUGGUGCGCCGUAUCCGGUGGCGAUCGCGUUGGACACGAAAGGGCCCGAAAUUCGCACCGGAAUGCUCGCAAAUAAUUUGAAAGAAAUCGAAUUGGAGACGGGCAAAAGCAUUCGAUUGAGUUGCGACAAAUCGCUGGAAAUGUCUGGAACCGCUUCAAACAUCUACGUCGAUUAUUCGAAUUUGCCGAAAGUCGUCAAACCGGGCUCGCGCGUCUAUAUCGACGAUGGGCUCAUUUCGCUAAUCGUCGACGAAUGUCGAGAGGACUCGGUGAAUUGCACAAUCGAGAAUGGCGGUGUGUUGGGUACCCGAAAAGGUGUCAAUCUUCCGGGCACUCAGGUCGAUUUGCCGGCCGUCACCGACAAAGACAUCGACGAUCUGAUGUUUGGCGUCGAGCAGGACGUCGACAUCAUCUUUGCCUCAUUUAUACGAAACGCUCACGGAAUUCAUCGGAUUCGCGAGAUACUCGGCGAAAAAGGCAAAAACAUCUACAUAAUCGCGAAAAUCGAGUCGGAAGACGGCGUGAAGAAUUGCGAGGAGAUCAUCGAAGCCGCCGAUGGGAUAAUGGUGGCGCGCGGUGAUUUGGGCAUCGAGAUACCGCCGGAGAAGGUGUUUCUCGCUCAGAAGAUGCUCAUCGCCAAGUGCAAUUUGGCCGGAAAACCGGUGAUAUGCGCGACGCAGAUGCUCGAGAGCAUGAUUUUCAAACCGCGGCCGACACGAGCCGAAUGUAGCGAUGUCGCCAAUGCGGUUCUCGAUGGCGUCGAUUGUGUAAUGUUGAGCGGCGAAACCGCAAAAGGAGCGUAUCCGGUUGAAGCUUUAACCAUGAUGCACACGAUUUGUAAAGAAGCCGAGAAGGCGUUCUUCCACACGAAAAAUUACGAGGAGUUGUGCAUUCAUACGCAGAAGCCGACGGCAACAACUCACACCACGGCGAUUGCGGCGGUUUCGGCGUCGAUUAGUUGUCGAGCGGUGGCGAUAAUUCUUCUAACAGCUAGCGGAAAGACUGCGAAGUUGGUCUCCAGAUACAGACCGCCGGUUCCAAUUGUGACAGUGUCCAGGGACAGAAAAGUCUCGCGUCAGCUUCAUUUGCACAGAGGACUGUUCCCAGUAGUCUAUCCAAAUACAAAACCUGAUGGCUCCGAUUCGGACAUGGAAGACAGAAUCACGUACGGAAUCGAUUUUGGCAAAUCGCGAGGGUUCAUUCGCAAAGGAGACCCGCUUGUGAUAAUCACCGGCUGGAAACAAGGAAUGAAAUUCAUGAAUACGAUGCGCAUUAUACACGCUCAUUAA